UUGCCCGGCCAUAGAGCGCAGACAUAGGCCACGAAAUCGCUUAUACUACUACAAACAACACCACCUCUGGCACAUCUGCGCCGCCCAGUCUCAGUGUCAUGCGAGUGAGCGAGGCGGCGUGCAACUUCCACUCAAAAGCGGUUAUUAUCUGACGGCGAGAGUGCGAGCAGUGCAGACUAAUGAAGGCACGAUUUAGAUUUCAGGGUGGUUGACUGGGGCUAGCAGCAUUACUGCUGUUGACUUGGCGUAUGGUUGUUUAUCUUCGCUCAGAGCUCUGCGUCAGUGUGUUUUAUAUUGUGCUCGUGGUGGCAAUGUGGUAGCUUUGAGUGGUGGAAUGAGAGAUUUGUGUGAUGUGUCGUUAGGUCGAAACGGUCGAGUCGGGUCGGGUCGUGUACCUUUUGCCACGAAUGUUUUGCCAGUCAGGCUCUAAAAGGCCUUACGAAAACAGCAAAAAGUUUUAAGUUCGCAUGACGCGCAUAUCUUUCGAAUCUCUGAAUGAAGUUAUUCUUAUAUCUACUUGCGUAGUUAUGACAAGAAGGAGAAUAUCUCAAGUUAUACAAAGUGUGUGACAAUCGAACUAAAUUGAAGAUAUUUUCUAAAUAAUUCAAGUUAAUCGAAUAUAUAAGUUUAAGAAAUUCAAAAAAUACGCGCGAAUUGUGAUUCAAAAUAUUUAAGCAAAAAAGUCUUUAUUUAUUUUUUGGUGUGUUUUCCAGUGCAGCAACCCGUUAUCUAUAAAAAGUGUUCGCAAGAAAAUCUUUUCCAACCGCAAAUAAUGAUAAAGUGAAAAAUAUUUAUGAGUGUUGUGAAAAGUUAAUCAUUAAAAAAUGAAUGCUGGCUAAAAAAUAUUUUUACAAAUAGCAAAACAAGAUUUAAGAAAAUUAUCAUUGAAUUAAACAUUUCAGAAGUUUUACGUGUUUAAUUUUCUGAAGAUAAAAUAAGUAUUAUACAAAAAUUACGCAUUGCGAAUAAACGCGCUAACAUACACUAGCUAAAAUACAUAGUCUGGUUCAGCCAGUCAAACGGUAUCGUCCCGUCUACUAUUGACGGGAUAUUUGCAAAGUGCAUACUUCAUUUCCUUCUUACACCCCGCAAGCCGCCAAAAUGAUCACUCACAAUUCAUUGAGCGUGUAUGGUGGCGGUGUCAUGUGCGCAUCACCAUCCACUGCUCCUGGUUUCUUUAAUCCUCGACCACAGUCCGGUGCAGAGCUGUCCGCCUUCGAUCUCGGCCUACCCCGGUCUAUGGCGCUGGGCGUUCCACCGCCCUCUGCAUGGCAUGAUCCCAACCUCGGCGGUCAUCUGCACGCUUCCGCUGGACCUGGCUCUCUGCCCGGUACAGCAGGUGCAGGUGGUAGCUCUGUGGGUACUGGCGGCGGCACAACUCCAUCCAGCGUUGCCAGCCAACAGUCGGCCGGUAUCAAGCAGGACAUUUCAGCAUUGACGGGUGCCGGCGGUCAGUCAAAUACACACAACCAAAGUGGUCACCACGCAAUCAAAGAGGAUCUCUCCAGCCUGACGGCGGCUUCAGCAGCGGCCAGUGCAGCAGCCCACCAUGCAGCGGCAGUGCAUCACGCCGCGGUUGCUCAACAAAACCAUGGACAAGAAUUGGGAGUCAUGAUCAAAGGCCAACAGACGGGAUCAAGUUGCUUAGGCGCAGGCAGUACAGCAGGCGGUGGAGGAAAUAGCGGGGGCGGCGGUGGCAGCACAACGCCUAGUUCCCAGGCGAAUAGUUUACAUUCACAGGGAAGUAACGGCGACUCCAAACAGAAUAUGGACUGCAAACAAAACAUCGAGUGUGUGGUGUGCGGAGACAAGAGCUCCGGCAAACACUAUGGCCAAUUCACCUGCGAAGGCUGUAAAUCGUUCUUCAAGCGCUCGGUACGACGAAACUUAACUUACUCGUGUAGGGGGAGCAGAAAUUGCCCAAUCGAUCAGCAUCAUCGAAACCAAUGUCAAUAUUGCCGUUUAAGAAAGUGCCUGAAAAUGGGAAUGCGACGCGAAGCUGUUCAACGUGGUCGUGUGCCUCCCACUCAGCCCGGUUUGGCCGGCAUGCAUGGUCAAUACCAGCUCGCGAAUGGUGAUCCCAUGUCUGUUGCCGGAUUUAAUGGUCACUCCUAUCUUAGUUCCUACAUUUCACUGUUACUGCGUGCUGAACCCUACCCAACGUCCCGCUAUGGUCAAUGCAUGCAACCGAACAAUAUUAUGGGUAUCGACAAUAUCUGCGAACUCGCCGCUCGUUUACUCUUUUCUGCCGUCGAGUGGGCCAAGAAUAUCCCGUUCUUUCCCGAGCUGCAAGUAACAGAUCAAGUAGCGCUGCUACGUCUGGUCUGGUCCGAAUUAUUCGUCUUAAAUGCGAGUCAAUGUUCAAUGCCGUUACAUGUGGCGCCACUAUUAGCUGCUGCAGGUCUGCAUGCAUCGCCGAUGGCGGCGGAUCGAGUGGUUGCAUUCAUGGACCAUAUACGCAUCUUCCAGGAACAGGUGGAAAAAUUGAAGGCGCUGCACGUCGACUCAGCGGAAUAUUCCUGUCUCAAGGCGAUUGUGCUCUUCACCACCGGUAAGUUGUUGGACAUCCUUUACCGGGAUAUUCCGGCGCUGCUAACUAAAGUUUCAGCAAAAGGCUCCAGUGCAGAACUGUCGCACGAACAAGUGUUGUUGAUAGUGCGUGAUCAUCUCGAAGAGCUUAAUAGGCAAGAAGCUGAAUCUCAACAACACACUUCAGCGGCCGCAUUUCACCUGGCCGCAUUUAUGAAAAGUGUUGCUGGUGUUGAAGCGGUUACGCAAAAUGCAUCCACGGUUACUGAAAACGCCUCUCUCACACCAUCUACAGCGACAUCUAGAUCAACUUUAGAUCAGAAUUCCGGAAAUGCAGGACCCACUGAGCAUUAUAUUGGCAAUGAUGACCGCAAGCCUACGUCGCAGCAGCUGGCCACAAGUUCAGCGAGCGGUCUAGGACACUCGGCUACAAGUGCCUUUAGCUCUUGUGCGCCAAGUCACAAAACCGCCGCUCACUUGACCAGCACAGACGAUUUACUUGCUGCCUUGUAUGCCAGUGCAAACUCUGCGGUGCCAGUCACCACCAAUUCUAACACUACCAACACAACCACAUCUACCUCGAACGCGAGUCAUAACAAUAGUAGUGGUCUGGGCGCUUCUAUAAAUACUCAAUCGCAAAUCGGUUCGUCCCUUCUUAAUAACCUAACCGCUUCGCCUUUGAGUAAUAACGCCAUACAUACCACUGUCGCUACCUCCCCCAAUACCGCAGUUAGUAAUCAUGGUGGGACAUAUCAAUCGCCACUUCAAACUGCUUCUCAACAGCAAUAUAGUGUACAUUCCCAUUCACUGAUGGCCCAAGACCAACAACAAGCCGCAGCGGCAGCUGCCACAGCAGCUAUGUUCUAUCAAACACCGCCUCGAUCUGCCUUCGGUUCGGCUUUUGAUAUGUUCCACCAUAGCACACCGUUCGGUGUCAGUAGUGGCGCUUCGUUCGGUAGUCCCAAUUAUAGAUACUCCCCGUACAGUUUUGGAAGUAGAUGGCAAUUGUAGUUUGAACUAGCCACAUAGUUGCUAACAUGAGGCUAAUCGAAAGUUGUUAGAUCUGCCGUAGAAUUCGGACCACAUAGUGUUUAGUCUAGUCUACAUAACAUAUUAUGUGUUAGCUGUACUCAUAUGUAUCAUAAGUGUAAUAUGCGGCGAAGCGCAGCCGAGUGUUGAACUCGGUCGUUCAGUGCAUAGAAGCAGAUCGUUCGUAACGAGCUGUUAUUAGAUUUUUAAUUAGCCAUAGAACGCUGUAAUUUAAAAAGAUUAGUUGUAUACUCUGUAAGACGUUGCAAUCACCUUAUUUAAUUUUAUAUAACUUAAUUAAUAUACGAACGUAUGUAUUAGUAACUAUAAUAUAUCAAUAUAAUUAUACGUAUAAUGUACGAGUAUGUAAGUAUGUCUGUAUGUAUGUAUAUAUGUCAAAGUGAUAUGCCUUCAGUGUGCUCGAAAUAUUUGAUCGAAGAUUAAAUCAGUUUAGUAAUAAGUGCCAACUAAUUUAUGUACUUAGUAUAGUUAAAAUGUAUGUAAGUCUAAUUUAUUCUAGAGGUAGUUUCGGUUAAAAAUCUCGAAGACUAUGAAACGGAUGAUAAAAAUGAAUAGUAAAAAUAUACAAUUUUGUUGUUUAAAAAUUAAAUUUUAAAACUCUUGAUCUUUUUAUUUACUAAUUGAGCUCAGACUUGCUGAGCAAAAUGAAUCACAAAUUUUUGGCUUAAGAUCGGUACUUCUAUCGAAACCUAAGUUGAGAAAAGUUGUUCGAGGUGAUUAAAAGUUGAAAUCGAUAUUGUUAAUCGAAUUUAACGAUUUAAAAUUUUUGACUAUUAAUUUUUUCGGAAAUAGAUGAAAAUGUAUUCAAAAUAAAAACAAAGUUUGUUAACAGGUUAAGUAAAUUUGAAUCUAUA